AUGUCAUCGUCGUCCCCGAAGCUGUCGGAUUGCCCAAAAUGCGCGAAGUUCAUGCUUCGCAAGAAUUUGUUUUCACACCUGAGAGUUGUACAUAAACUCUCAGAUGAUGAAAUCAGUGAGUUGAGGGUAGCCGUAGCCCGUCAAGCGUCAGCUAGUGCUGAUAUUCCGGUGCUUUAUUGCCCAGUUUGUGGCGAAGGCUGUAAAGACUACAUGGCCCUCGCGUAUCAUUGCAAUGAUAUGCAUACCAGCGACGGGGCAAAUGGUGAACCGCAAGAUUAUAGCAUCUUCGCGCUGACCUUCGGAAACGACGAUCAGUUCAAAGUUUGGCUAGAUGCCCAGUGUGAAAGAACCAGCACGACUUUCUAUAAACGAACAAGCUGUGAAGGCGGAAAGGCUUAUUCUCUAAGGUGUAAUCGUGCCGGCAUAUAUCAAAAAACCACAACCGCAAGAGCAACGUCCACUAAAAAGGACGUUGUUGCCUGUUCCUGUUUUGUCAAUGUGUACGCGAAAAAUGAUGGCACACUAUCGGUGAAAGGAUGUUUUGGACACGCCGGACACAAUGUCGAACCUGCGCUACUACGCCUAACAUCCUCACAAGAGCAGUUCGUCAGAUCUUUACUUGAAGAGCAUUCUAUGGAUUACGUGAUACAUCGUCUGAAGAGAGAUUUUUCGGCAAAAGAAAACAGAUUGUAUUUCAUAAAUCGAAAUGAUUUAUGGAAUAUCACUUACAAAUACGGCCUACGGCCCGGCUAUUAUCACAAGAAUGACAUGAAUUCCCUUCUGCUCAGAAGUGCCGAAGGUAAUCCCAAUGACGGGAUCCGGCUACUUAAUAUAAGUGAUGAUCCCAGUGGAAAGGGGUUCCGCAUGGUGAUUAUAACACCUAUACAGAUUGAAUGGUUGAAACGAUUUUCGGGGCGCGGAAUAGCAGUUGACGACACGCAUAAUGUUACGCGAUAUUGCUUGAAACUCGCUACAGUCACUGUUGCCGAUAACAAAGACAGAGGUUUACCAGCAGCGUUUCUUUUGAGUGGAACGAUGACUGCCAGUGAUGUCUACGUUCUUUUUGUUGAAAUUGCUAAGCUGGUUCCAAAUUUUGCCCCUCAACAAGUUGUCACCGACGAGGCACCGUGUUUCUAUAACGCGUUCCGUUUGGCAUUUCCGAGAUCAGACGCGAAACUACAUUAUUGUCGCUGGCACAUCCACCAGACUUUCAAACGGGCAACUACCAGGCUUGUAGAGGCUCGCCUACGUUUGAAGUUGAACAAAGACCUCCGUGAUCUUCUUCUGAUUACCGACUUGAAUGAAUUCGAACUCAAGUUCGGUCAGAUCAUAGCAUUCUUAGAGGUGGAGGGUCAGACAGCGAUGGCCACGUAUUUGAGAGAAAAUUACUUGGGUAGAACUGCCAGUUGGGCGUCUUUCGCCAAUAGGGGAGCUGUGUUAGAUACCACCAUGAUAUCUGAAAGGUGGCAUUUACGCCUAAAAAAAGACCUUCUACAAAGGAAUGCAAAUUCGCGUGCUGAUUUUCUUGUGGACUUGCUUAUAAAGGCGGUGGAGGACAUCGCCGACACAACUGAAAUUAGGGAUCGCCGACGCUUGGCAAACGCCUCAUAUCGCGUUCAAGAGACUUCAAAAUGCCACAGAUGGGCCCUCGAAUACUACGAAAGAAAACCUGAGAAGGUUGUGAAGACAGGAGACUGCAAAUGGCUGGUACAAGGAAAGAACCCGGAGGAGGCUUAUGAAGUCAUACAAGCAAAAUGUCCAUGUGCAGAGUCAAAUGUUCACUGUCCCUUAUGUGACGUUUGCCCGUACCAAUGGAGUUGCGAUUGCCUGGACAAUAGGGCGGGGAUCUCUUGUAUCCACAGGCACGCCGCAAAACUAUUUGGAGGAUCAGCAGCCCAGCGAUCAAGCUCUUCCGUCGAACCAUCUGUCACUGAUGAUCAGGCAGCUUUCCUAUUCGAUGCGUCCGCGACAAGGUCGUCCUCUUCGCAAGUGACCGAUUCACAACAGCGCAAACAACAGCGAAGCCAGAUCAGGAGUAGUAUUGAAAGCAAGUUUGCGGUCAUCAGCACAAAUGUAAAUGUAAUGGUCAACACCGAUUCGGAGCAGGCGAUGAAUUUUUUGCAAGAUAUCUACCAGUUAGUAGAUCAGGCCUCCUCAAUAAAACUCCAAUCUGCAACACAAGAAUACCCGGCCUUAGCUCCGAGCUUUUCACGCGUUCUCAAUCUCGCAUCAAAAAGAAGCAGACCAGAGAAGAAUGACGUUGUUCUUCCUGCUUACACAUCACAUAAUUAUCGCUUGUAUCGCGUGUAA